AUGUUCGCGGCUUUAUCGUCUCCCUUAAGCGUGCUCGUCUCGUACCUGCACGUCGGCUCGAAGGUCCCUCCCCAAGAUCUUUCCAGUUCUCUCAAUGUGCGAAAGGGGAUGGCAAACACGACAAACAAGCUAACGUGCGGGUUCUGCGGCUUCAUCAGUCCGCAAAGCGGCCUAGGGGCGCGGGCCUGGACGCCGUACUACCGCGGAGUAUACUGCACCGGGCCGGGCGACGACGACCCGUAUCUCUCCGGCGUGGGAUACCACCGCCACGACUCGGCGGAGAACUUCGUGCCGCCCGAGGCCCAUCAGCGGUUCGAUGACGCCGGCCUGGAUCCGCUGUCGCUCAUCGCCAUCCGGGACAUCAACCCACCGGCACCCGAGAUAUCAGACGCGGAGAAGGCGACAUACUCGUGGGGCUUCCUGUUCCACGACGCCUGCUGGCAGCUGCUGGAACAGGCUUCUGCACCGCAUAAGGUGGAUGUGAAGGCGCUCUGGCGGAUCCUGCUCUCUGUGCCAUGCGCGUCUGAUCUGCCGAAUUGGGGCCAUAACUACGGCGGACUGUACCUUGGCGUCACGAACGACUCGGUCCGGGGGGAGCAUUUUGUCCUGCUGGGCGCGACUUCGCAUCUCAUCAUUCCUAGCACUUUUUCAGAUCCGUUCAAGGUGCCUGAGUUGAGCGACAUACUCGCGAGGUUGCGCAUCGACACGGAAGAUACCACAGCGAAGCAGAGCGAACAGCGCUCUGUCAUAAGUCUCCAUGAUAAUCCCAGCACAUAUGAUCCCUUCUCAGCUUUACCGUUCGAGAUCAAGGAGAUGCUGCUGACGUAUGUAGCGUCAAAGGACGCCGCGAAUCUGCGCCUGGCGUCUCGGGAGAUAGCUGCUUUGGGGUUGUCGCAGUACUUCUUCCAGAGCCGGUUCUGGCCAAGUCACGAGCUCGGGUCCGUGUUCGAUGGCUUCUUGCUUAGCCCUUCCGAGCGUAUAGGUCUGGGUUGGAAGGCGCUAUUCUUGGAGAUGAAGACGCGACUGAAGUACAAUCGGGUCUGUCUUGGAGAGCGAAACCGGUUUCGGAUAUGGAACCAGACCUUGCGACCGCUCGUGAACGCCAUGGACAACAUCCGUGCCUUGAGUGAACUGAAAGGAGGGCAGGAGUGGAAGUCGGAAGUGGGGAGUUCUGAAGGAUUGGACUGGCCAUCCGUCAAAACAUCGCGAAACAUCGAUCCCGAAGCUUACGGUGAGAUCAGGCGCAGGGAAUUCCGGGCUGAAGUCGUUGUGCCUCCGAUCGAAGUCGAAGCAGUCCACGUAAGCUUUGCCGAGUUUUUCGGGGGGAGAAGGUACAUAACUGGACUGAGGUUUAGCUUCGGAAAGGACAGUGACGUCGAGGUCGGCUACAUCUCUAGAGCACUCGAGGAGACCUUGCACGUUGAAGGGGGGCUCAAAGGGUUUCACAGCGCCGUUGACGAGUGCGGUUUCAGGGCUCUCGCGCUACACAUGGGCCAGCAUAUGACAUCGGAGUAUUUGCAUUGGGCCGGGAGUCCUGGUACAUUGUCUCAGGUUCCUGCCAGAACCAGCAGUGCUGUGGGGAGAAUCAGAGCAUCUUUCGAUGCGUUCCGAAUGCAAUCAAUAUCGAUAUUGGAGAGCUGA